AUGGUUUCGCAAGAAGGAAUCAUUCUUAUAUGCAUUGUGAGCGCCGCAGUAACCGUUGUCCUGGGAUAUUCGGUCCACAGACUAUUCUUCAGAUUCAGCGGAGAAGAGAAUAAACUCCGGAAACCUUCCGAAGAGCAGCUCCAAUACAUGAGGGAGGUCCGCGACAGAAACCGAAUGCUGGCGUAUAUGGACGCAAGAGGCACUGGGGACCAGGAUGCUAGCAAGGGCAAGCAGCAGUAUUGA